AAGACUACACACUCCACUCCGUCCUCACUGAGGAGGACUACACACUCUACUCCGUCCUCACUGAGGAAGACUACACACUCCACUCCGUCCUCACUGAGGAGGACUACACACUCCACUCCGACCUCACUGAGGAGGACUACACACUCCACUCCGUCCUCACUGAGGAAGACUACACACUCCACUCCGUCCUCACUGAGGAGGACUACACACUCCACUCCGACCUCACUGAGGAGGACUACACGUCGGUCUACCGGGGGUAGAUUUUGUGGGACCUAAUGCGGAGUCCCGAGCCAGACCUGUCGGUGUACAGUACCGAGCGGGUGUGACGGAGAGGAUCUACUUCGCUGUGAAUAAUGCGUGGAGGUGCUAAGUCCGUGUGCAGAUCUUCUGACUGGGAAAGUUGUUUGUCGGGAGUUUGGAUCUGAGACGAGAUGCAUCUGUUUCGGACUCACAAUUACCAAGUGUUCCCGGACCGCGCAUCGCUGGAGUCUCCGACCAUACGAGGCAUCAGCUGGACGCCGCUGCCAGAGGCCCUGAAUUCAAAGGACACUAUGAAGCAGUUUCUUUCAGAUCGUGUUGUAAAGGCAGCAAGAUCGGUGUAUAGCGUCAUGAUCGAGAGGAACCCUGGUCUGAUCAGAGAUAGGAAACAUCAUCUCAAAACAUACAGACAAUGUUGUUCUGGUAAGGAGCUUGUUGAUUGGCUGAUGAAACAAAAUGAAUGUCUGCAAUCAAGAAGCCAGGCGGUUGGGAUGUGGCAGGUCUUGGUGGAUGAAGGAAUCCUCGUUCAUGUGAAACACGAGUUGAACUUCCAUGACAAGGACACCCAGUUCUACCGCUUCCAGGACUCAGAGUUAAGCCUGAACCACAUACCAAAUGAGAAGGACUCGGAAGAUGAGCUGCAGGAGGCUCUAUCGCUGCUGUCUCAGCUGGGUCCCGACGCUCUGCUCACUAUGAUUCUACGCAAAUGCCCCAGUCAGAGGAGUGCUGAGGACCUGGAGGUCAUCUAUGAGGAGCUGCUCCAUGUCAAGGCUGCAGCUCAUCUCUCCACCUCUGUGCGUAAGGAGCUGGCAGCGGUGCUGGUCUUUGAAUCACACUCCAAGGCCGGAACAGUCUUGUUCAGUCAGGGGGACAAAGGCACUUCAUGGUACAUCAUCUGGAAAGGCUCUGUAAAUGUGAUCACACAUGGGAAGGGCCUGGUAACCACACUACAUGAGGGUGAGGACUUUGGGCAGCUAGCUUUGCUGAAUGACGCCCCGCGUGCUGCCACCAUCAUCUUGAGGGAAGACAACUGCCAUUUCCUCCGUGUGGAUAAACAGGACUUUAUACGCAUCCUCAAGGAUGUUGAAGCUAAUACAGUGCGACUGGAAGAGCAUGGGAAAACUGUGCUGGUGUUGGAGAAGAGCACCGACUGUAACGAGCAGGGAGGGGCAGGAAACAACAGCAAGUACACAGUUAUGUCAGGAACACCUGAGAAAAUCCUGGAGCACCUAUUGGAGACAGUAAAGUUGGACUCUAAUGGAAAUGACACAAUAGCUCCCUGUGUGAGCGACUUUCUGCUCACCCACAAAGUCUUCAUGCCCUCCAGCCAGCUGUGUCCCGCACUACAACACCACUAUAAGGCGGAGCUCUCUGAGGGUUCAGACCAGGAGAAGGCUUCCUACAUCCUCACCACCAAGCAGAGGGUAGUAAAGCUGAUUGGCCAGUGGGUGGUGCUGUACGGCCUUCUGCUGAAAGAAGACCCCAUCGCUUUGGAGUCUCUGGAGAGGUUGAGGAAGGAGGUGGCAGCUGAUUACCGUCUGUCCAGCAUGUUGAAAGAACAAUUUAGGGAAAGGAGGAGGACAAAAGUAUUGGAGAAUGGCUAUCAGUCACUGAGCAGGAACCAGCAAUUUGAUUGGUUUUCAAACUGUGAGGAGCCGGUGGGGAGGCUGCAACCAAUCAGAGCACAAGAUAAAGUGCUGUAUGAGAUCUACAGGCCAGACAACAAACCUCUCACUCUGAUGCUCCCAGUCAACACAUCUGUACAGGAUGUGAUGUCAGCAAUAGUCAAACCUGGCGGAGAUCACAUCCUGUUCAAAAUGAACUCCUCGGGAGAAAGAGCUCAGUUAAAGCUGGAUGCGACUGCGGUCUACACGGCCCUGGGACUCAACGAGAGACUGUUCAUCUGCACAAGCAGCCAAGUGGAACAACUGAUGCCCCUGAAGGAGCAGCAGGGUCCAGAACGAGGAACAACUGACAUCCUGGAGCAGAUGGGCUCUAAAGAUAUCGCCAAUGAACUCACCAACUAUGACUGGGAACUGUUCACUGCCAUGCACGAGGUGGAGCUCGUCUACUACGUAUUUGGCCGUCAUAAAUUCCCAGGUGCCAUCACAGCUAACCUGGAGCGGUUUGUGCGUCGCUUCAAUGAGGUGCAGUACUGGGUGGUGACGGAGCUGUGCCUCUGUGAAGACCUGAUGAAACGAGCCAUUCUGCUCAAGAAGUUCAUAAAGAUCGCCGCAGUAUUAAAGGAGCAGAAGAAUCUCAAUUCAUUCUUUGCUGUGAUGUUCGGUUUGAGCAACAGUGCAGUACACAGACUUUACAAGACAUGGGAGAGAAUACCCAGCAAGACGAAAAGAAUCUACUGUGCUUAUGAGAGGUUAAUGGAUCCUUCACGCAACCACCGGGCCUACAGACUGGCUGUGGACAAGCUCAGUCCUCCCUACAUCCCCUUCAUGCCUCUGCUGCUCAAAGACAUGACAUUCAUCAAUGAGGGAAAUCCAAACUAUGUAGACAAACUGGUCAAUUUUGAGAAAGUGCGCAUGAUUGCCAAGACAGUGAAAAUUGUACGAGGAUGCAGAAGCCAGCCUUACGUGCCAUCGUCUCCACAGAGGGGCCUGGCAGAUCGGAUGUUUCUGGAAGGGCCUGCUAAUCGCAUGUCUACAUGCUCAGACUACGCCCUCCCUCUACGGAGUCCCAGCAACAUCCGACACUAUAUCCAGAACCUGAAGGUGAUCGACAACCAGCGAAGGCUAACGCAGCUAUCAAGAACAACAGAAUGCUAGGGCAUCAACCUGCAAAGGCCGUAAAACUGUAUCGCAAACGUGAACCAGAGAACGGACUGAAGCUGGGUGAACAAAACUUCCACAUUGGCCUAUAAAUAAGACGGAUGUCUGGAGGCGUCGAGUGCUGUGGAUUCACUCUAAUUCAAGGAGAUUGGACGUUAAUCGAUGAGCUCUCUGCAUAGCAUCAAGAGUGACAAUGUGCACGGUAAUAAGCUCUAAUGAUGAACUAGAGAAUCCAAUUCUGGGACUUAUGAGACACUUAUCCAGAAAGCCUUACAGCAGUGUGUGUACCACAGUGGAAAGUGAUCCCCUCACAAAGGCAGUGUUACAACAUGUACAGUUAAGCAAAGUAUGCCUGUCUUUGAUGUAAAAAAUCAUUGUGACAUUUUAUAUACUGGAUCACUCUGGUGGUUUCAGAAAAGGGCCAUAAGAACAAAGAUCUUUGCCAUAGUUUAUCACUGUAGGUCAGUUAUUUGUGCACUAGUAUUUUCACACAAAACUAAUAUAUUGUAUCAAAUCUUUUCUUUUUUGCAAGGAGGCCACUCACUGACAUGCACAACAUUUCAUACAAGGCUGUUUUCUAAAAUAAAUUAUUUUCUCAAUUA